UCCGCCCCUCCUCCGACCCAUCACGCUCGGCGGCACCUGCGGGAGGCUCCUCGCUCCCUCCUUCCCUCCGUCCCUCCCGCAGCAUCACACCGCCAGCGGGAGGCAGGAGGCGGCGGGCAGUGAGGGGAGCCACUGGGAAGCACCGGUAGCAUAUUACAGCUUCACAUUUUCUGCUGAUGUCCAGCGCACAAUAAAUUUUCCAAAUAGUGUUUGACUGGUGUCUCUCCAGUAGAAUAGCAGUCUUUCUUUUAUACAAGAUGGAGGAAUCAUACAAAGAUAGGACUUCUUUAGUGAAAGGGGCAAAAGAUAUUGCUAAAGAGGUGAAGAGGCAAGCAGUGAAAAAAAUGAAUAAAGCUAUUGACAAAGCUCAGGACGGCUACACACAGAGGUCCUACAACCGAUUCCAGGAUGAGGAAGAUGAUGAUGAUUAUUAUGUUCAAGGAGGAAAUUAUGGCAUAGAAGCUAAUGAUGAUGAAGGGUCAAGUGAAGCAACCGAAGGACAUGAUGAAGAUGAUGAAAUUUAUGAAGGGGAAUAUCAAGGAAUCCCCAACAUGGGGCAGGGCAAGGAUGGCAUGGUGGCCUUAGGGCAGUCUAUGCAUGAUGAAUAUAAGGAUCGUCAUGAACUGGAAACAGAGAGGAAAGCUGAUGAAGAAGAGCUAGCACAGCAGUAUGAACUGAUAAUACAAGAAUGCGGCCAUGGUCGAUUUCAGUGGGCACUCUUCUUUGUUUUGGGAAUGGCCCUAAUGGCAGAUGGGGUUGAAGUUUUUGUGGUUGGAUUUGUGUUACCCAGUGCUGAAACAGAUAUGUGCAUACCCAAUUCUGGAUCAGGAUGGCUUGGUAGCAUAGUGUACCUUGGGAUGAUGGUGGGGGCAUUCUUCUGGGGAGGCUUGGCAGACAAGGUGGGAAGGAGACAGUCACUCCUGAUAUGCAUGUCUGUCAAUGGAUUCUUUGCCUUCCUUUCAUCAUUUGUCCAGGGGUAUGGCUUCUUCCUCUUCUGUCGAUUGUUUUCUGGAUUUGGGAUUGGUGGAGCUGUGCCAAUAGUUUUCUCCUAUUUUUCGGAAGUUCUUGCUCGGGAGAAGCGAGGCGAACAUCUGAGUUGGCUCUGUAUGUUUUGGAUGAUUGGUGGUAUCUAUGCAUCUGCAAUGGCUUGGGCAAUAAUUCCUCAUUAUGGAUGGAGUUUCAGCAUGGGAUCUGCUUAUCAGUUUCACAGUUGGCGAGUAUUUGUGAUCGUCUGUGCACUGCCCUGUGUCUCUUCUGUGGUAGCCCUCACCUUUAUGCCAGAAAGUCCACGGUUUUUGUUGGAGGUUGGAAAACAUGAUGAAGCUUGGAUGAUACUCAAGCAAAUUCAUGACACAAACAUGCGAGCUCGGGGUCAGCCUGAGAAAGUCUUCACAGUUAACAGAAUCAAAACUCCAAAGCAGAUAGAUGAGCUCAUAGAAAUAGAGAGCGAUACAGGAACUUGGUACAGAAGGUGUUUAGUUAGAAUUCGCACAGAGCUAUAUGGUAUUUGGUUGACUUUCAUGAGAUGUUUCAACUACCCAGUGAAGGAUAAUACCAUCAAACUUACAGCUGUGUGGUUCACCCUGUCUUUUGGCUACUACGGCUUAUCUGUCUGGUUUCCUGACGUCAUUAAGCAUCUGCAGUCAGAUGAUUAUGCGUCCCGAGUGAAACAUUUCCGCAAUGAGGAGGUUUCACAUUUCGUCUUCAACUUCACACUGGAAAAUCAAAUUCACAGCAAUGGAGAAUACAUCAACGACAGGUUUAUUAUGAUGAAGUUUAAAUCAGUAACUUUUGAAGAUUCCCUUUUUAAGAAUUGUGUGUUUGAAGACAUUACUUCACUGAACACAUACUUCAGGAAUUGUACUUUUGUGAAUACCACCUUCUACAACACAGAUCUCGAGCAAUAUAAAUUUGUUGACAGUGAUUUUAUAAAUUGCACAUUUUUCCAUAUCAGGACAGGAUGCCAAAUUUCUUUUGAUGAUGACUACAGUGCCUACUGGAUUUAUUUUGUUAAUUUUCUGGGAACUUUGGCAGUGUUACCAGGGAACAUUGUGUCUGCUCUUCUGAUGGAUAGAAUUGGACGUUUAACAAUGUUAGGUGGUUCGAUGGUUCUUUCUGGCAUAAGCUGUUUUUUCCUGUGGUUUGGGACCAGUGAAUCCAUGAUGAUAGGUAUGCUGUGCCUCUACAACGGUCUCACCAUCUCAGCUUGGAACUCUCUUGAUGUCAUUACUGUGGAGUUGUAUCCUACAGACAGAAGGGCAACAGGCUUUGGCUUUUUGAAUGCACUAUGCAAAGCAGCAGCUGUACUUGGAAACUUAAUAUUUGGUUCCCUUGUUGGCAUCACCAAAGCAAUCCCUAUUCUCCUUGCUUCUACUGUUCUAGUAUGUGGAGGUCUGGUAGGACUUCGGCUUCCUGACACAAGAACACAGGUGUUGAUGUAAUUGGAAAAAGCCAUUUACUGUUUAUUUCUUUCUUUGUAAAAUGUGAGCUCUACUGUUUGAUGGUGCAAAGGCUUCAGAUUCUCAAUGCUUAUCAGAGUGCUCUGAUGGCAGAAAUCAAACACGGAAAAAGAGUGGCAGAGAUUUAGAAACUACUGUAUGAAAGUUUUAGAUUUCACUUUCAUUUGCUUGCAUACUUUGCUAUUUAAAACCACUUCACUUAACUUCAGACUGCAAAGCUACCUCUUAAAACACUUCCAGUGACAUGUCCAGGAAGACAAAAAACAUACUGAUAAUUAGAUAUUUAAAAUGCAAGUGGUCAUGUUAUUUAAAAA